CGUUCACCCGGACGACGCAAGUUCAUGCAUGUUCGACAUCCACGGCAAUGAGCAAGCUCGACACUCUCGACGAUUGUUCCGAGGCGACGUCUCUUACACAACAAGCCCGACAUGGCGCAACGAGGACGAGUGGUCAUCGACCUCAGCGAAGACAGCCCACCACCAGAGCCUCGACGAUCACAACUGCGCAUACCAGACUCGCGCUUCAUAACUCCGUCCGAUGAAGACGACGACAACGACGACAGUGACGACUCGGUCGAAGUCCGCUGGACUGUCCGCCAACAGCGACAUGAUGUGGGCGCCCCGAAGUCUCUCAAUGCUGGCCAGCCUACGAAACUUCAGAACCCGCAGCCUGUCGGCCAGUCGAUCAAGAAGAAUGCCACAGUGUCGUUUCCUGCAAAACACAGGCCUACCCAGCUAUACCAGCCCUUGAUCCCACAGCCUAGUACGACUCGACCACCGGUGUCGUCCUUUGAACAGUCCGAGACCACUCGACCAUCUGCACCGCCAGCUACACAAGCUACGCGCUCACAUGCUCCGCCAGCUACCCAGCCUGUCCGAUCACGGGUACCGUCUUCUACACAACCUGUGCAGUCACAUAGACCGCCUCCCAACACACAGCGACCUGGCCCGCAUCCAGACCAGCCACGGCCCACACGCGACGGGCCCGUAUCAAUAACGAACCCAUUGACCAGGCAGUGGUUUGCUACCCUGUCAAAAUCGCGGACUGGUACACCACUCAACUCUGGGCUGAGCAGACCGAUAUUACCACCUAGUGCAUCAUCGUUACCUCCCAGGCCCUCCGUGUCUUCAGCACAGCAUCGGCAAUUGAAUGCCCUGGCACUACCACGAGCAUCUCAAGCACAGACUCCUCAUACACAUGCUGAGACACUGCUCGUCCCGAAGAGGUCGAUAGAAUUAUCUCACGUCCUACCUACAAAUCUAUUACACACCUCACCUGCACCAUCGACGAGCCUUCCUUCGCGAGAGCUAUCGAGGGAGGUCUCAAGAGCAAGCCCGAAGACCGACAAUAUUGGCCAUGGCCAUGUUAGAAAUGUGCUACCUCCAUCAAUUGCUCGAGACUCGGGCGCCAUCGCACCUUCCCGGCCCAAACUGCCGUCGGAAAUGGUCCCAAUGUCUCCACGUCCACCGUCUCCAGGAAACGCAAUGAAUGCACCCGAACCAUCUCCUGGCACACUUCCAAACAUGACGCUGACCGCAAACCAACAAAAUCUAUCCGUACAGCCAAACACACAGACCAUCGAGGUCAUUAAACUUGACAUGUCCUCUGAUGAUGAAAGCUUCGCGACUGCUGUAGACAACUCAAGUUCAUCUGCCAAUCUCCCUCUGAACUACAAUUCACAACGCACUAGUAAGCGAAGGCUGGGAGUUGUCGAAUCUGAUGGUGAAGUUUUAGUCCCCGUGAAACGAGCUCGUCGCAAUCGUCUCUCAGAGAACCAUUUGAAAAUUCCGGGUUCAUCUGUCGAACCGCAAGUGGCUCGAGGGGCCGACAUUAUCGCUUCUAUCGAGACUGGCCUUACAUUCACCUUCCCUGAUGACAUUUCUCAGAUUCCACCUUUCCAAAACCGUUUUGGUCAACCCUUUACAGAUGAGGAGGACGCACUUGUCCGAUACUUGAAAGAAGUAAAGGCUGUUCCCUGGAGAGAAUUUGAACGCUUUUUCCCUGGGAGAAAGUGGGCGUCUAUGCAGUCAAGAUACUCCAAAGUUCUUCGGCCGCGCGCGGCAUACCCGGACGCAACAACUUCUUUAUCACGACCAAUCACGCAGAACCCGACAAGAGAACUCAGGCGCAUGGCUCACCCCUAUACCGACUCUGAAGAUCUGUCCAUAUCCAGCCCGGGAAAGAUGUCUGAUGCUACCGCUGACGCGCAUCGCUGCAGGCGAAGUAUAAGACCACUGAACUAUCUCGUAAGACAUCGAGAACUUGGGUUGACUAGCGGUCGCGAUUGGCCGAGAAGGUUGCACGCUGGUAUGCGAGAUCUUGUUUACAGUAGCAUGGGCGCGCAAGCUUACAUGGACGACGCAUCGGGCGAUGUUUCGACCAUUGCAUGGUCGCCCAAUGGCAAGUCUUUCGCAGCAGGUGCCGUAGCUGUUACAGAUCUGCAGUCUGUCGACUACAACAAGCCUCGCAACCUUGUCAUCGGUAGGGCUAAAUCACAGAAGAUCAAAGAGCUGUCAGACCACACCAUUAAGCGCUUGUUACCUGACGGACGUCAGAAAGAACUGUUCUCCACAGUCCAGAUGGUUGCCUUCAGUCCAGACAGCAAUUACAUGUACUCUGCAGGGAUCGAUCAAAAUCUGCACAGAUACAGAAUCAAUAGUUCUCUAGAAGACACGGCGCUUGUACAUACGCUUCAACAUCCGGCAUCCGUGGACUUCCUUGCUGUCAGCAACAAUGGACUAGUUGCUACCGGCUGUGCUUCUUCAGAUGCUGGUGCAGUUCGUGUUCUGUCUUACGACGACGACGACUCGGCCGAUAUCAUCAAGUUCUCAGGAACGAUCCAGAGCAAGAAGUAUCCAUCGGCAUUACGUUGGGGCUUAGCUCACGACCAUCAGAACUAUCUGCUUGCUGGAUUCUCACGCGAAGCCGAGGCAGUCUAUGCCGAAGACGACAAUCGCGACAAGGAAGGAGAGGUCGCACUGUGGGAUGUCAACACCCAGCAGAGGAUUGAUGUUGACGCACCCAACCGAAACGUCUUCGACCUUGCUUGGAAUCCCAAUCCAAGUGGCAAUUCUUCCAUCUUUGCGGUAGCCAGCAGACCUUUCGGCCACGUUGGUCAUGGAAUACAUUCGGUGGUCCGACUCUACUCCCCUCGACAGAACCACGCCCAGCAUACCAUGGAACUAGACUGUUCAGCCUGGGAUAUCAAUGACGUGGUUUAUUCUCCUCAUGACAGCAACAUCAUUGCAGUGGGUAGUACAGAAGGAAGAGUUUACAUCUGGGACGUCCGUAUGACGAAGCAAGGCCAGUCGCCUUUAAGUACCUUGAGGCACGGGGAUUCUCUAGCCAUCGUGCCGCACGAAAAGAGAAGGUGGGAAGCCGAUACAGGCAUUCGUUUCCUAUCCUGGGGUUCUGAACGCAACCGGCUGUACUCGGGCUCAUCUGACGGUGUCGUGGCCUGCUGGGAUCCAUACCGUAGUGAUGCGGACAAACACGUUCGUGAUGUGGUACAGCUCAACUCUGCCGUCAUGUCAGGGGCGUUCAGUCCGGACUUCUGCCAUCUGCUAGUCGGGGAAGACGCCGCAAGGUUGAACAUGCUUACUGUUGGUAACGAAGGAGCAACGUUCAACAGAACUACUACAGCACCGUUUGUUGUAGAAAAGGCGCCACUGCAAGAGGAGGCUGCCCGGACGCUCUGGGAUUGUGAGCAGAUGCAUGAGAGCGGAGCACUCGAGAUUCAGCCCGCAGGAACCUUGCCGUUCAGACAGGUGGUCCAAGGUCCAAACUACAAUGGACCCUACCGCCUUGAGAGCGAGGACGAGGGCGAGGGCGAGGCAUCGAAGGCUCGAGAGAAUGCCCAGAAAUUCCAGGAAAAGGUGCUCAGAUCGCUCAGGCGUCGUAACAAGCAGGUCAGAAAAUCAGGCGUUGGACAAGCACAGCCGUGUCAGUUGGAUUGUGGCUUCAUCCCUCUACCGGACGACUACGAGUUCCCCAAGAGAUGGUUGUCAGACCAGAUUCCGGACAAGAUGCGCAAGUGGAUGAAGACGACGGAGGCAGGAGGACGCGGAGGCAAGCUUAGUUGUUCUCGUUGUGGACAAGCAGUGACCAUGACUGCGAGAGGUCAUGCAAUCGAGUGUGAGAACUGUAGAGCUGCGUGGUCCGUGGGAGCACUGGGCUACGAUCUCAUUGAACAAGUCAAGGUCAGUCAUGCAAAGAAGGCAGAGGACGGAAGAACUGGCGACGCAGUCGACCUGUGCGACUCGGAAGAUGAAAGAGAGCGCUUCGUUCGCGAGGUCACAGACGGACUGAGCGAUGAUGAGCUUUGAGGUCCUCUAUCAACCAAGCAUUCUCAGCACAGAACCUGGUACAUAGAGAGACAGAUAAAGGCAACAAUGAUCAACAUGAAGCAUGCUCACGAUGACCCUGUCAAACAUGUGAAAGGCGCCAAGAAUGCGGAGUAGAGUUUGGCGGGCAAAA